UUAUCUUUGGACUACUAAAACGCUCCAUUCAUAUUAAAUCUGUGAACCAAAUCAAAUGUCAAUUGUCAAAUUUGAUUGAUUUGAUUAAAAUCUCUGAGAAUUAAUUUUAUUUCACAGAAAUCGUGUGACGCUUUAAUAAUAUGCAGUGAAGACGAUCUAAAAUAAUUUGCAAAUUCACAAACGGAUUCCAGUGCUAUAACAUAAUUUAUAUUGAUACUAACAUUAUUUCGUGAAGUGCUAUUAACGCAAUCUGCGACAAUGAAAGUGUGAUCCUUUUGUCUUCUGUGCAAUUUGUCGUUUUUAAUCAUUUUAUGUAAAAAUACAUUUCAGUCAACCAAGUAUUACUUUGUUGCCAACAUGUGUGGAGGAUUUACUUGCAGCAAAAACGCACUCAUUGCGUUAAAUGUAUUGUAUGUGGUGGUUGCAUCAAUUCUUAUAACAGUAGCAGUGUAUGGGCAAGCUUCUUCACUAGUGGUUCCCAAUUUGCCAAUAGUGGGAGGUAUACUGGCAUGUGGAGUCUUCCUGAUAUUAAUAUCCAUACUCGGCUUGGCUGGGGCAGUAAAGCAUCAUCAAGUUAUGCUGUUCUUUUACAUGGUGAUUCUGUUUCUCUUGUUCCUGGUACAGUUUUCAGUGGCAUGUGCUUGCCUUGCAGUCAAUUCUGAACAGCAGGAGUUACUGGCUGAACAGGGUUGGAAUAAAGUGGGUUUGGAUGUCAAGGAGCAGGUUCAAGAAAGAUUUCAGUGCUGUGGUUUUAAGACAAGGGAACGCAAUGCAACUGUAGAUUUUCCAAUUUGUGACCUUCUUGAUAGGACCUGCUGCCAUAAUGAAAUGGUAACUCCUGAUUGCUGGUGCAAGCCCUGUAUGAAGAAGUUGAAAGAAACAAUUGAUUAUGCCUUCAAGCUAUGUGGUGGAAUUGGUUUAUUCUUCAGUUUCACUGAGUUAUUUGCUGUUUGGCUCGCCCGCCGCUACCGCAACCAGCCCGACCCUAACUACAAGGAGCCUCACGCCAUCUUCCCUAGGAAAAACUACCUUUAUUAAGUAUCAUUAAUUUCCGAGACUGUCUCAUGAUAAGUCUCAAAUGUUUACCUCAAUGCGGUAUCUGUAAUGAUAUAUCAAACAAAAGAUAUGCGUAUCAGUGUGGUCUCCUGUGUAGAUAAUAACGUUUCAAAGAUAAACUGACUAGUAAAUAAGAUAGAUCUGUUGAACUUGAACUGUUGAUAGGGGGUGUAUAGCUAGAUUUUACGCGUAGUACAGCUUGUGUAUUUUCAGCCAUAUUCCUAAAAUUAAUUUUUCAGUUGAGGGAAACAUUGAAAGUUUGUAAGUAUGUAGAUGAAACUAUUUUGUAAACAAUUUUCUCUAUCAUCUAUAACUAUUUAAUAUUAUUCUUUUAUAUUAAUGUACUUGAGAACAUAGCAUAUGGUCGUUGAUAUAUUUAUAAGGAUAGCACUGUAACUGUAGAUAUCCUUUCUUGAAAAAAAUAAUGAAUUUAUCAAUUUUACUAAGAAGUAGUAACACUCUUUCAUUUGGUUUACAAAUUAUCUAAAUGGUUUAAAUUAAAUUUAAUUUUAAUUAAAGAAAUUACGUAUGGUAGGAAAGAAUCCUAUCUUAUUUAUUAAUCAGUUCUUUGGUUUUUAUUUUAGAAAAUAAUGUUUACUUUAAGUAGGAAAUUGACAAAGACAAGAGGUUAUGACUUAUGAUUUUAUUAGUAGGAACAUUCCUUGAAUCUUGUUUUAUAUACAGAGGCUUGAAUUAGUUUUUUAACUAUUUAUGUUUUAUGAACCUUGGAAGUAAGUCACAUAGAACUACGAGGAUAUAUUUAACAAAUGAAUAAAUAGAGAUCUCGUGGAUUUGUUCAUGCGUUUGUUCACCUACUAGUCAAUAGUUAUAUUGUUAGAAUUAAUCAGCUAGGAUUUUAACUUUUUUUCUUGCAUGCAUUGCUUAAUAAAUUAAUCGUCUGUCCUCUACUUCUAGGCCAAUCGAACAGUCACAAAAAAGCUCGAGCAAUUUUAAGAUCAUACCUUUUAUAAGCCAGCUUUAUAUUAAUUUGUCUCUGAAAGUGACUUUUGGAAUACAUUUAUAUAUUUUCUUACUGGUACAGUUCGACAGAAGAAGAGAAUGGGAUUUGACGAAUGACAAUUUGUCGUAGACUCUUGACUAUUAUUUGAAUGCUUAAAAAGAUACAAAUUACUUAACCUGGGUUGCACCAUCUUACCUUUAAAAAAUGAAUUUUAGUCCUGUGUACAGCUACAUUCGUAGUCCGCAAUCUCUUAUGUUGAAUGGUGUGGUGAUAUUGCCAUUUUGUAAAUUAUACUUGUCAUGUUAAAUUAUGGAAAAUAAAUUUUGAGACUUAUUGUAUUUAAAAUUAAGUAAAUAAUUUCUUCUUCGUAGGUUUGCUUCUUACUACAAUUAUACGUAUGUUAGUUAUCCACUAUGUAAAUCGAACUAUAACUACAUUUACUUGAAUUGAAUGUUAGCUUAGCCAAAACUCUUGAUACUCGAUUAAAUUGACUAAUUGGUCAUCCAAACAGGUUGUAUUUUAUCUUACUCAAGUUCCACGUGCUUAUGGACAGUGGGUUGAUGACAGUUUUUAAGCAGUAUUUCCAUGAAUUAGCCAAAAAAAUAUGGUAGUUAAUAAUACCUUUGAAUUUAAAUGUUUAGCGCUCCUCAUAAUUAUGGAAUAGAUUCUAAGAACUUUUCUCGUCAAGAUACCCCGUGUGUGCCCUUCCAGCUUUAAUGCCUCUACUUUAAUUGUAUCAAAUCCAGUUUAGUUAUAGGAAACUAUGUAGAAUAGUGGUACUUUACUCUUUAUUAGAAAGAAGAACGGUCACGCCCCAUACAAAAAAAACCCAGACCCGACAGAAACGAGACAUACCUCAGUUUUUUUGUCAUGUCUUAAUUAGUUAAAUUAUAUAUUUUUUAUAUUCGAAAUCUAUGUAUAACACCAAAAUAUUACCCUUUGUUUUUUGUUCAGGCGUUAUACAAAAACUAAUACAAAAUGCCUAUUUAUCACCAAAAUUGGUAAAUGUAUGUACCUAAAUGUCUAUUACAGCUGCUAUGGAAUGUAUCUAGGUGACCUGGAGAUACAGUCGGAUUAUACAGGGUGGUUAUACAUAUGGAACGAUAAGUGAUCUCACUCGAUUAUUUCUAAACUAUACAAGAUAUCGAAAAACUAGUUACUGAUUCUGAAAGUGCUUCACGAGCUUUUUCAAACGGCACCAAUAAUAGGUUACAGAUUAUGGAAGCUAGUAACAUUGAAUUUUUGGAUUUUGUAACUUCUCGUUUCCACCCUGUAUAAUCCGGCUGUAUCUCCAAGUCACCUAGAUACAUUCCAUAGCAGCUAUUUAGGUACAUACAUUUACCAAUUUUGGUCAUGAAUGUGCAUUUUGUAUUAGUUUUUGUAUGACGCCUGAACAAAAACAAAGGGUAAUAAUUUGGUGUUAUACAUAGAUUUCGAAUAUAAAAAAUAUAUAAUUUAACUAAUCAAGACAUGACAAAAAAACUGAGGUAUGUCUCGUUUCUGUCGGGUCUGGGUCACAGAUGACCGUUCUUCUUUAUUUUGGUAAGAAUUAUACAUUUCUACAUAUUUUAUUGCAAACUUAUGUUUGUGUUACAGGAUAUUUAUUAGGUUUAAGAUUUUUAUCGUUUUUACUUCAUCGUAACUAAGUACACUACCAUAAAUAUGUCAGUUAAGUUCUUGAACCAGUUAUAUAUUUUACUGCUUAAAUUGUAUUCAUUAAUUGACAUGUAGUAUUUGUAGCAUUAUCUGUAACAUAAAGGAAUUCUACAUCAUCAUCUUAAAUGUACUGAUAACCAUAUGUUUAUUGAAAUUAAAGUGUGAAAGCAUGA